AUGGUGUUUGUUCGCAAGGCCACAUCGGUGGCGGAAAAGCUCGCCCACUAUGCCUCCUUCCCCCAGACUCCAGUCUCUCUGCACCAGAUGGUAGCGUUUGGCCGCGACCCGUCUCCUGGAAAGGUGCUGCGAGCAGCAAAAUUCCUAGCAGAUGAGCUCCCCAUCAGGCUAGCCCAUCGAAUUAGAGAUAUUGACAACUCUGCACAUGACCUGGGCAAGUCUCCUUCAUUUGCUACUGUUCGCAAUUGGUACCUACAGUCUUUCGAGGAAAUAUCAAGCUUCCCCACAAUCAAGCUUCCUCCUAGCACUCAACGCAUCUUCCUACCAACGGCAACCCCUAACCCCUUCAACGGCCUCGCAACUCCUCUCGAACGUGGAACGGCAGGAUCUCAGCGCCGGUUCUACGUCUCUCCAACUACCGACGGAUCAUGGACUCCGGAGCUCCUAGAGCUUAAUUCGCGAUUCAUAAAAGUAUUGGAACGUGUACGCAGGCGGCACGACCCAACCGUAUACCGCGUGGCUUAUGGGGUCCGCGAGUUUUUGAGGAAGGCCGGUGGAAAUGGUGCACAGGGUGCGGAUGAAGAACUCCACAACUGGCUGGACAGGUUUUACAUGUCGAGGAUUAGCAUGAGAUUUUUGAUUAGCCAACACACGGCCAUUAGCUCUCCACAGCCACCACCUCCACACCACGUUGGUAUAAUUAACGAGCAGACCGAAAUUGCGAGCGUUUUGCAAGAUGCCAUCGAUGCUGCCUCUUUUAUUUGCGAAGAAUACUAUGCUUUGCACCGUGCUCCACGCAUCAUCCUUAACUGCCCUUCAUCUCUCCAAUUUGCAUAUGUCCCUGGUCACCUGAACCAUAUUGCGUUUGAGAUUCUGAAAAACUCACUCCGGGCAACUGUCGAAAAGACGUUUGCUGGAUCAGAUGAUGAAAAAUUCCCCGAUAUUCAAGUAGAUGUGAUUGAACUUCCAGCAACCGACCAGAUUGCGAUCCGCGUCCGCGACCAGGGUGGAGGAAUCAAACAAGAGGACCUUCAGAUGGUUUGGAGAUACUCUUAUUCGACCGUCGGUAAUGAAGAUAUCAUGGAUGAGGAUGAGGACGGAAUGAAAGGCGGAACCGUCCGAGCGCCAAUGGCAGGGUACGGCUACGGUCUUCCUCUGUCGAGACUGUAUGCGAGAUAUUUUGGUGGUGAUCUUAGGCUGGAAUCACGAGAGGGCGAAGGGACCGAUGCUACUAUUAUUUUAAACCGUAAGGCGUGCAGCUUGGAGCCUGUGCACUAA